AUGGAUAGUGCUGUCCUAAGCUCUACGGCUGAAAAACCUAAGAAGCAGCGCGCCCCUAGACGAAAAAACAGAGACACGAAUGGGGAGUCAGUUGUUUCUUUCAAAUCUGUGGAUACUAGUGAGUCCUUUAAGUCCGUUGAGGAUUCCUCCCCAUCUUGGUCACUACCGGACAUGCCAGAAAGCCUUCUAGACGAGGUCUCUAAAAGAAUUACAAGGAGUGCCACUAAAGGCCCCAAGGCUGAGAAUAUGGACAGUAAGACUUCUCUGUCUGUAGAGGCGGAUGAUUCUUCUGCUCCUGACACUGAAUCGAAGAUGGCAACUAAGAGCGAUGCCAUAUUGAUAUGUAAGGUUCCUCUAAAGGACAUGAGUCCCUCUUUGAGAAAAGCUGAGGGUGGAAGUGAUGGAGCUCUCAAAUUGGGCUAUUACUUGAGCGAGGGAGGUAAAAUUAUAUCCAGUAAUUCUAAGUCCUCGUCCUCCUCCCCUACUGUGUCACGUACACCCCUCUCGCCUUCGACGUCUUUUGAGACCCCUAUCCCCCCCACUAUGUCCCUUCUUUCACCUGUUGCGGGGGCAUCUACUAGGGCAGAUAGUACUGACUUGACAGGACCAAAGGACUCUGAUGUACUCUUAUCCAACACAGAGCCUAUUGUGUCUAUCGAUUAUAAUGAGCCAAUGGAACAUUUGUCAUAUGCCUCAAAAAGGAGACGCAAUGCCUGUAGUACUAAGGAGAGUAGUGGCAAGGAUUCUACGACCACAGUUCGUAGAUCCUCAAAGGAAAACAAGAGGAAAGAUCCUAACAAACCCUCAGAUGGACAGAUUAGCUCUGGUAGCUCAAUCGGCAAUCCCGAUGCGACCCUCGGAGAGAAUUAUGCUGGAAGAAUACGAGGGAGUUCAGAUUCUGACGGAGCCAUCGGAUCUGACGAAUCAAGAGACUGCGACCUGUCGGGAGAUGAACAAAGAAAGAGGUCCAAGUUCAUGAGACAGGAAGGCAGUCCUAUCGAGGAAAAUGAAAACCCCGUUACAGCGACAAAAAGGCAUAUUCGAACGAUUUUUUCUGAUAUUGACAAAUCAAAAAACGUCAAGGGGCCAUCAUUAAUCACAUCAAAGAUGCUGCUAAAAAGUUGGAUUCUAUUGUUGGCAAAAUGUCUUGUCAGUCUGAGACAGAUGAAAUGCGCAGACUCAGGGCUGACAAAAAUCGACUAAAUCGUGAGCUCGGUAACGUACAAAAGGAACUGGCAGCUAUCAGACGAACUAUGGAGGAAAGGAACCGGGAUAGUAGGAAAAAGACCUCUAAAUCCUCUCCCCUUCCUUCCUACCAUGUUGAGGACACAGAUGACUUUCCCCCUCUCUCUUCCAAUGUAAAGAGGCCGGCAACUGAUUCGAGUAUCUCAUUCGAGGAAUACCUAUGUAACAUCUUGGGCGAAGUAAUGGGCGAGUUCGAGAAGUUUCUCCUCAUAUCAAUAGGCAACAAAAUCAAUGCCAGAUUUGAGGGGAUUCAGAGACGCCUACUACCAGAAAAGAACUUGCGUCCUCCUCUGGCAGCAGACAGGCCUAGGAAUAACGUAGCAUAGACUGUCUCAAACGUGGUCUCUGCUCCUAAUACUGAAAGUGUCAAUGAGCGCGCUACUUUUUCAGGAUCUGCCGCUAAGGGACUCACCACCCAAUCUGUCCCAAAGAAACAGACCAUGA